UAUAACUAAUGAUAGUUUUUACUAUUUUUAUAUUUUGAUAGUGUGUUUAAAUUAUACAAUAUCAAUUUUAUUGUAAUACAAUCUUUACCUAACUAUCCGAGGCCAAGCCAUACAAUAGACUAUGAUGUCUGUCAGUAAAUUUCGUGAAGAAUUAAAGAAUAUUCUGAUAGAACCAAAUACUACAACAAUUACUUCUAUUAAAAAAAUUGUUCAUGAAAACAAUUAUUUCAAUCUUAGUGAUGCAGAUAGACGUUCAAUAUUAGAUCAAGUAUUAAGGUGCUAUGUUUUAGACAUAGUAUUAUCAAAGCCGUCAAAUUUAUAUGAUGUUUGUAAGAUGUGGACAUCAUUUACAAUUGAACUUGUACGGAAUGAAAUGUGUACUGCUAUAAUGCCAGUAGUCAUAUUAUCAGAUAUGUUUGAUGUGACUACUAUGGAUGUUUGUGAAAAAAUAUUUGAUCAUGUAGAAUCUAAUGUAAAUGUUCUUAAGGAACCACAAUUUUUUAUGGCAUGCAAGAACAAUUUAUUGCGAAUGUGCAAUG